GUCAUCACAUCUCUUUCACAUACAGCUUCAGCUCUCUCUAGCAACUACAAGAACAAACUUACUAAUAAUCAAUUCAUAAUUAUUAGCUUAUUGAUUAGAAAAUGCCUUCAAGAGUUUCAGACGACGACUUUGAGGUCAACCGGCCUUAUGUUCAACAAAAACAAUACUUAGACUUGAGCGCGGCGAAGGAAUUGCCGGAGUCGCAUGCAUGGACGACGGCGGCCGACGGCGACGUGGUGGGUGGCGGCGCGGAGGAGUCGAUCCCGGUGGUGGACCUGGGGUCGAGGGGCGCGGCGGAGCAGAUAGGGCGUGCAUGCAAGACGUGGGGUGCGUUUCAGGUGAUCAACCACGGCAUUUCCGGGGAGUUGCUGUGGCGGGUGGAGUCCGCCGGAAAACGCCUCUUCUCCCUCCCCUUGCACCAGAAGCUGAGGGCCGCCCGCUCCCCCAACGGCGUCUCCGGCUACGGCGUCGCCCGGAUUUCUUCCUUCUUCCCCAAACUUAUGUGGUCGGAAGGAUUCACCAUCGUCGGCUCCCCGCUCGAACAUUCCCGCCUUCUUUGGCCCCAAGACUUCAACUCCUUCUGUGAGGUGGUGGAAGAAUACGAGAAGGAGAUGAAAAAGCUGGCGGGGAGAAUGAUGAAGCUAAUCUUGGAGUCAUUGGGGGUGGCAGAGGAAGAUGCAAAAUGGGGUGUGGAAUCCAAAGGAAGGUGUUCUGCCCUGCAGCUCAACUCCUACCCGGCAUGCCCUGAUCCGGGUCGGGCCAUGGGGCUAGCAGAGCACACGGAUUCCACCGUCCUCACCAUCCUCCACCAGAACAACACCAGCGGCCUGCAGGUCUUCCGGGAAGGCGCCGCCGGAGGCUGGGUCACCGUGCCGCCCAUCCCCGGCGCGCUCGUCAUAAACGCCGGCGACCUCCUCCACAUACUCUCCAACGGGCUCUACCACAGCGUGCUCCACCGCGCGGUGGUCAACCGGAGCAGCCACCGCCUCUCGGUGGCGUACCUGUACGGCCCGCCGCCGGGGAUCAAGAUAUCGCCGCUGCCGAAGCUGGUGGCGGAAGGGCAGCCGCCGCUGUUCAGGGCAAUCACGUGGAGCGAGUAUCUUCGCACCAAAGCCAAGCACUUCGACAAGGCGCUGUCCUCCGUCCGACUAAUUUGCGCCCCUAGAAACCCAUUUUCCGAUACCAACGAUCAUAAUCGGGUCCGGGUUGGCUAAGCUUAAUUUGCAUUAUAUUGUUAAUUCAUCUUUUAUUGUAUUGUAACACCCAUUGAGGAUAAUAAUUAAUUAAGAAACACAAUUUUUGUUUCC